CUUUUAAGCUCGCUUCAAUAAAUUGUACAGAUAAUUCAGAUAAAAUUUGAAGUUUGCUUUACUGAAUUUAUACUGAUUUUGUAUAUUGUUGUGAAGCUUGAGAAUGGCUUCAUUUUCUCAUUCUCCAGUUACAUUUUCGGGGACUACUGCUUCUGAUCUUCUCCGAAGUUCGAGAAUUGGUGUCAGUGGUGUACCCCUUGAAGUCCUGGGUAGGUCUUGCUUCAGGGUAAGGAGGGAUUUUACUGUUAGUGCUAAGAUUAGGAAGGGGAAGAAACAUGAUUAUCCAUGGACAGAUGAUCCAGAUCCGAAUGUCAAAGGUGGAGUCCUUUUUCAUCUUUCUCAUUUCAAGCCUUUGAAAGAGAAGCCAAAGCCAGUCACUUUAGAAUUCGAGAAACCACUUUUGGAUCUGGAGAAGAAAAUUAAUGAUGUACGAAAGAUGGCACAAGAAACUGGUCUGGACUUCAGCGAUCAGAUCAUCUCAUUGGAGAGUAAGUAUAAACAGGCGCUAAGGGAUUUAUACAGGCAUCUAACCCCAAUUCAACGUGUGAAUAUUGCUCGCCAUCCUAACAGGCCCACUUUUCUGGACCAUGUGUUGAGCAUCACUGACAAGUGGGUGGAACUUCAUGGAGAUCGAGCUGGUUAUGAUGAUCCUGCCAUUGUUACUGGUAUUGGAACCAUAGGCGGUAGAAGAUAUAUGUUCAUUGGUCACCAAAAAGGAAGGAAUACAAAAGAAAACAUUCAGCGCAACUUUGGAAUGCCUACUCCACACGGUUACCGAAAAGCUUUACGCAUGAUGUAUUAUGCGGAUCACCACCGAUUUCCUAUUAUCACUUUCAUUGACACACCAGGGGCAUUUGCGGACCUUAAAUCAGAGGAACUAGGACAAGGUGAAGCUAUAGCUCACAAUUUGAGGACUAUGUUUGGUUUGAAGGUUCCAAUUGUUUCUAUUGUUAUUGGAGAAGGUGGUUCGGGUGGUGCUUUGGCCAUAGGCUGUGCGAAUAAAUUGCUAAUGCUUGAAAAUGCAGUUUUCUACGUUGCUAGUCCAGAAGCUUGUGCAGCGAUCUUGUGGAAGAGUGCCAAAGCUGCUCCCAAAGCUGCUGAGAAGCUGAAGAUUACUGCUGCAGAGUUGUACAAACUGAAAAUUUCUGAUGGCAUCAUCCCAGAACCACUCGGUGGUGCACAUGCUGACCCUUCUUGGUCCUCACAACAGAUAAAAACUGCAGUUGUUGAAGCUAUGGAUGAGCUCUUGAAGAUGGACACACAAGAACUACUAAAUCAUCGAAUGCUUAAGUUCCGAAUUCUUGGUGGGAUUCAAGAAGGAAUCCCAGUUGAUGCUCAGAAGAAAGUUAAUAUGAAAAAAGGAGAUCCUCCUGUUGUUCAAAGAGGAAAGACUGGAAGAAUUCCUGACCUCGAAUUGGCGGGUGAGGUUGAGAAGCUGAAAAAUGAAAUCCUAAAAGCCAAGGGAUCGUCUGCCAAGCCUCCUGAGUUGGACUUAAAUGAGAUGAUACAAAAACUUGAAAGGGAGGUUAACCAGGAAUUUUCUGAGGCAGUUAAAGCCUUGGGAUUAAAGGAUAGGUUUGAGAUGCUGAGGGAGGAGUUUGCAAAAGCAAAAAGUUUCCCCAACCAACUCAUGGACAAAGAUCUUAAGGACAAGAUCGAAAAGCUUAAGCAGGAGUUCAACCAGAGUCUAUCACAGGCUCCGAAUUAUGCUAGCUUGAAUGAUAAGCUUGGUAUGCUGAAGGAUGUAUCUGAAGUCAAGAAAAUAUCUGAGCAAAAUGAUCUAAAAUCAUCAUUGAAGGAGGAAAUCAAUAAGAGUUUCAAAGAGGUCAUGGAUCGGUCAGAUCUAAAAGAGAAAAUUGAGACACUUAAGGCUGACAUGGCAAAUUCUGUGUUGUCCACUGACAGGGACCCAGAUCAUGGACUGAAGGAAAAAAUCAUGAAUGUGAAAAAUGAGAUAGAAUUGGAAUUGGCUGAUGUCCUCAAGUCCUUGAAGUUUGAUGUAGUUGCUGUGCAAUCAAAAGCUAAAGACUCCUGUGAACAGACAUCAUUCUUGGAUUUAAAGGUCAAGGUAGAUGAAUUGAAUGAGGAAAUAAGAAAAGAAAUAAAAGAUACUAUUAAUGCACCGGAUCUGAAGAAUAAGAUAGACCAGCUGAAGUUGGCUGUUGCAAUAGCAGGAAAGGUACCUGAUAAAGAGUUAAGAAACAAGAUAGAAGAUCUGACUAAACAAAUAAAGCAGAGCCUUGCGGAGGCCAUAAGCUCUUCAUUUGUAGAAAAGCAUGAAAAGUUGAAGGCAGAGAUCGCAAAAGCCAUUGAAUCUUCUGGAGGAUUGGAUGGAAGUUUGAUACAAGAGCCCCUAAGACAGUUCCUCGCUUGAUAUAUGUACAUCCAGCAUGAUCUU